AUUCCUUAAAAAAUAUAUUUAAAACGUUUUUACAUGAAUGAAAAAAACAUUCAAUUAUAUUUUCAUUGUUAAAAUAUCAAAAUAAUACUGAAAAAAUUAAAUUGUAAUAAAGGCGUUUAUUCUUCUGGCAUUGGUCUGGCAGUUCGUAGCUGAGGCCAGGAGAAAAGAUGGCGAAUAAUUCAGAGGAUUUUCUGGGUAAUCUGCCGAAAAGAUUUAAAAUGAGUUUUGAUGAUAGUGAGUGUAAUUCAAAUUUAGAUGCAGUACUGAAUCCAACUGACUGUCACAAUAGUGUGGAAGAAGGAACUUUAAUAGGUGGUGAUACAGCCUUAUCAGUGGGGUCUGAAGAAGAAAAAAAUGGCCUCCUCACUUUAUCAGAUAACUACGCUACAGAUGAUGAUGAUGAUGCUUCAUCAACUGUCAGUAAUGCGUCUGAUCUCAGUAUCCUGUCAGACAGUCACCAUUACAAACCCAUGGCCAGUUCGAUGAGCUGGCUGGAGAAACAAAUGCUCAAAGGAGUGAGUCCACGAUUAGUUCUUAGCCAAAUUACAGGAGACAACGCGGAACUACCAGAAACAAUUAGCGACUUAGCAUUAUGGAAGCUAAUAUUUUCUUAUCUUUCGGAACCACCGAGAAGAAAUCCCCUUCCAAAAGUGCAUAGUUUAGAUCAUGUCGUUCAACUUAUUAAACAAUCCAACAAAAUCAUAGUCUUAACAGGAGCUGGGGUAUCAGUUUCUUGUGGAAUACCAGAUUUUAGAAGUAAAGAUGGAGUUUAUGCAAGAUUGGCGGUGGACUUUCCAAAUUUGCCAGAUCCACAAGCUAUGUUCGACAUCACAUUCUUCAGGCAAGACCCGAGGCCAUUUUUCAAAUUUGCCAAAGAAAUUUAUCCAGGAUUAUUUCAACCAUCCCCAUCGCAUAGGUUUAUCAAAAUGAUUGAAAGGCAUAAAAAGUUGUUAAGAAACUAUACUCAAAACAUUGACACUUUGGAAAGGGUAGCUGGUAUCGAAAAUUUGAUUGAAUGUCAUGGUUCCUUCGCCACUGCUACUUGUACUAUGUGUGGUCACAAAGUCUUUUCACAUGAAAUAAAAGAUACUAUAUUUGAGCAGAACAUCCCUUACUGUACUAAAUGUCCCACAUCGGAAACAGGUGAAAAUAUGAGAGGCAUUAUGAAACCAGAUAUAGUUUUCUUUGGGGAAGGGCUGUCUGACACUUUCCAUGAUACAAUGGCCAUAGACAAAGACCAGUGUGAUCUUCUGAUUGUAAUUGGAUCGUCGUUAAAAGUACGACCAGUAGCACUUAUUCCAAGUUCGUUGCCGAGUGAUGUUCCGCAAGUUCUGAUCAAUAGGGAAAGGCUUCCUUACAUGAACUUUGACGUAGAACUUCUUGGAGAUUCUGAUGUUAUCAUCGAUCAUCUGUGUCGAGAGCUUGGAGGUGAUUGGAGCCAAGUAUGUUGGAGAGAGAAACCUCUGACAGUUUGCACAGAACUCGACGUACAAAUUUUCACAUCAGACUCAGAUUCAGGCUCCAGUGAAGAUGAAACCGAUGUGAUAUCAAAGGAAUCCGAAGUGUCAAAAGUAAAAUGUCAGAAGAUAGGGAAGAGGCACAUCGUUGGUGAUGAAAAUACCCGUCAUAUAUCACUGGACUCUUCUAGGGAUAGCGGUAUCGGAGAAAGUAGCAAUAACAGCAGCGAUAGAACACUUUCCCCUACUAACAAUGUGAACAUCCCAAUUCCAUUCGCUUCAUCUACAGAUAAAGCGAACUCAUAUUACUGCAUACAUAAGAGAAGAUAUGUUUUUCCUGGAGCUGAACUUCCUGAAGAUGAAUCUUCGGAAAGUGCAGAUUAAAAGACUUUUUUUUUUUUCUUAUGUAUGUAUAUAUAUAUAUAAAACUUGUUACUAUCGACCCUCGACAUUCUGAUAUUCGGUUUGUUUAUAUAAAUUUCUAUCAGAAAUAUAUUAGUGUAACUUGACCUUAUAUAUAUAUUUAUAAGAAUUAUCCUUGGCGAUAUAAUAUAUAUAUAUAUAUGUGUGUGUGUGUAUAUAAUACGAUUUUUUUUUAAAGGCAAUAUGCAAAUAUUUAUUAUUAUUUUUGUUAUUAUUUUAUUAGUUUGUGAUGAAUGUAUUUCACAUAAGCUUUGUAAAUUAUAUCUUGAUAUACAGAUGUAUGUAGAAGAGGGAAGCAAACCAUAAGUUUUUCUUUUAACUUUUUUUUUGUCCAUAUUUUAAAAAACAACUUUGUUUCUUACAUAAUGGUAUCAGUAUAGUUAAUGGUCGAUAAAACUUGUAACUGUUUAUAUAUUUUUUAAUCCAAAGUUAAUUUCUUAUAAUAUGAAUAUUUUGUAUUUAAAUAUCAAUUAUUGUAAACAAGUUUAUUAAUUUAUUGAUGUUUUCUUAGAUAUAUUAGCAUCUACAUUGAAAAGGUGCGGAGUUAUAAUUUAAUUUUUAAAGUUUUCCAUCCUUAGAGGUUAGUUUCCCUCUGACAAUGUUUUUGUGAUAUAUGCUUACAAUUUUUUAUAUAAAUCUUAAUUUGAAAUUUAUAUAUAACAUCAAAGACUUUUUCUCUUAUUUUAUUUUUUUAAUUUUAAUACUUAUGUUUUGUCAUGCAUUGCAAAUGGCUCUAUAAAUUUAAUUGAAAAAGCAAAACAAAUAAAAAUAUUUUGAGCCGUUGUCGAUUCAUGAUGGUAAUCGAAAGAUGUAGUUACAAUUUAGUUAAUUUGAAAGUAGUUUACAUGAUUAUUAUUUUAUUUUUUUAUUAUUAUUAUUAUUAUAUUAUUUUUUAUUUUUGGAAGACAAUCAAAAAUGGUUAGAACAUGAUAGUUCCUUUGUAUUUCGUCGAGUUACUGUAUCGUUAAAAAUAAUUUUAGCACACACAACAAAAAAACAAAAAAAAUUGAUUAUAAAAGAGUUUUAUAUAUACAUUUAUUAAACAAGUUUUAUAUAUGGUCCGGGACCUGGUACAUUUAAAUUACACCAAAAAAAAAAAAUGUCAUUAAUAAUGUACAUGGCUUAUUUUUACAUAUUUGAAGACAUUUUUAUACAUAAAACUGCUACUAUAAAAAUUUGGCGUUCUAAAUACUAAUAAAUUUGUCAACUGAUCUUCUUUAGAGGUAAUGUCUGGCUGUGUCGAUGUAUUCUAAAGUUUAACCCUGAUAAUGUCAAAGUAGCUAUCUGAUAGAAUCCCAGAGUUAAUAAUGACUCCUUUGAAAUUUUGACAGAUUUUAGUAACAUAUUGUAAAUUUGUAUAGGCAUUAAGAUAAUAUAUGUCAACGUUUAUGUUUGUAUGAAUGUAUAUUUCUGAAUUUAAUAAAUGAAAAAGUUAUCUUAGAAAUUAAGCAAUAUUAAUUGGAAGCUUCUUAAUUUAUAAAGCGGUUGACCACUUUUAACUUAUGAAAGAUCAUGGGAGGAAGGGAAACGAGGUAAUUGUUAUUAGCAAAUUUCUACUAUUAAUUAGUUUGUAUCUUCAUCAAUUUAGUGAAGUUAAAAAUUUAGUAACCAAUUGGUUUAUUUAUUAUUUUUUGCUAUACCACUUUUAUAAUGAAAAAAAAAGAAAAAAGACUUCUUGAUCCCACGACACUGCAAAUUUAACCCAAAGUCUUCACUUCGAUUCACAAAUGAUAAUAUUUAUUAGUUUAUUUCUAUUAAAGGUGAUAUAUUUCAACUGUUAAAAUAUAAUUUUGGUUAAAUUAAUGAAAUGCUAAUGUUAGUGAUUUUUUUGUUGCGAGUUGUUUAUAGUACCAAAAAAAAAUUUAAAAAUCAAAUUAAAAGGAGAUUAUUAUUUAUUAUCAGAACGAAAAAAUGGUUGUUCCUUUAUUAAAAUGAAACUUGUGUCGACAAAAUUAAUAGUAUUGAAAAUAAAAAAAAAUUAUAAAAGUGAGUACAUUUUUGUGUCUGCAAAAUUUUAGUCCAUUUUAUAUUUAAUCAAUCUUUCUCUCGGUACUUAUACUUUUUAUAUAUAUAUUUUUUUAUAAUAUUGAAAAGCGAGCCAAAGUGUAGUUAAUGAUUUCACUAUCACGUUCCUUAUGGAUGAAUAGCUUAAAAGCAUGUUUAGAAAAUCGUUCGAAUAAAAGGGGGUUAUCCUCUUUCUUUUAGUUUAAAAAGCUUACAUUUUAUUAUAUUUUGGAAAGUUCUUAGUAAAUUUAAAUGAAUUUAUAAGGAAAUAUAUAGUUUGAGAUUAUUAUUAAAAAAAGAAAAGAGAAAAAAAAACGUGAAUCAGACAUUUGAACUGUCUUCCUCGAUGUACUGUAUAUUUGUGAAGAUUUUCAGUCGGCUUUUCUGUAAUUAUUUGUAUAAAGCUGGUCUUAAGGUUCUGCAAUAAAAUAGUUUGUAAUGUUUUUGUUUAUUUGAUUAUUAUGUAUCUAAUGUGUAUAAAUAAUUUGCAUGUUUACUAUGUAAUAUUUAUGUUUAUUACUGUAUAAGACUGUGACUUUGAAUUGUUUAAAGAAUUAAUGUUAAAUAUGUAUACUGUACUAUUCACUAAUUAUAAAAAUGGUGGAAAAGUGAUUUUUUUUUUUUUAAUUUUAGAUUAUAUUUUCUUAUAUAUCUGCAGAUUAUUGGUGUUUAGUUUUGUGUAAUAAUAUCCAAACUAAAACUGUCUUUUUUUUUUUUUUAUUACACUUUUCUAUUAUUUGUUUUUGAAAGACUUACAAGAAUUUGUAUUUUAUUGUUAUAUUUACUUUUAAGAUUAGCGAAUGUUUCUCAUUUUAUUUGAGUUCCAUCUUAUAUUUUUGGUAAUUACGAUGUGUAUUAUUACAUAAUAUUUUUUAAAAAGUUAUGUACACAAACCAGCAAGUUCGAAAUUGUUUUUUCUGAAUUGAUCUGUGCUCAGAUCAGUAUUUGUUAAAUAUGACAAAUUUUACAGUUUCUCCCACUGUUAAAUGAUAUGAUUCAUUGUACAAAUUGUACUUUUUUUUUAUUAGCAUUAUAAAAAAAAAAAAAUUAUUUGUCAGACAUUCUUCCUGCAAACAGUUAAGUUUUUCGGAGAUCUGAAUGGAAAUAAAGUAUUAUUUUAUUAAGGUAUUGAUAAUUUGUAAUAAUGGUUUCAUGUUUUGAUAUAUUAUUGUUGUGUUAUUUUUGCUAUAAAAUUAAAGUUUAAAUGUUGUUUCGUUCUUUUUUUUUUCUAAAUUUUAUUAUACCUUAUGUAUUUCAAAAUUAACAUUAAAUAGGAAAAGAACUGAAGAAAUAAAUUCAA